AUGGUCUCGUCAACGUCGGAUUUACGCGCGGUGGCGCCAGCAGCCUCAGCCUCAGCUGACUGCUCGCCUGGUGAACAUCCCUUGAAGCUCUCUCAAGCCGGUUCUGGCUCUGGCUCCCUCUCCCUGGGGGAUGAAGAGAAACAGGCGGUCGCUCAAGUCGGAGCGACCUCUACAGAUCCUGCAGCGCCGGUGGCCUCGAAUAUUGUCGACUGGGACGGUCCCGAUGACCCUGGAAAUCCAGUCAACUUCAGUGGUCUGAUUAAAAGCACUAAUGUCGGAAUCGUGAGCGCGCUGACUUUCAUUACUCCGCUCGCAUCGUCUAUGUUUGCACCUGGUGUGCCUCUACUCAUGGAGGAAUUCCAUACCACGAAUACGCUGUUGGGCUCGUUCGUGGUGUCGGUCUAUGUGUUGGGUUUCGCCAUUGGACCACUCAUUCUGGCGCCGGCCUCGGAGCUCGUCGGGCGAGCCAUUAUUUACCAUAUUUGCAAUUUGGGCUUCACGGUGUUCACCAUUGCAUGCGCCGUGAGCACCGAUAUGGGAAUGCUCAUCGCCUUUCGGUUUUUCCAGGGCUGCUUUGGCUCGGCACCGGUUACAAAUGGUGGGGGUACAAUUGCGGAUCUGAUCGUGCAGGAAAAACGGGGAGGCGUCAUCGCCAUCUAUGCCCUCGGACCCUUGCUGGGUCCCGUCAUCGGGCCAGUAGCAGGAGGGUACCUGACCGCAGCCAAGGGCUGGCGUUGGGUCUUCUGGGUUCUCACCAUGGUGGGCGGAUUCUGCACCAUCGUGUCCUUGCUCUUCCUGCGCGAAACCUAUCCCACCGUCCUCCUGAAGCGCAAAACGCAACGCCUCAUCAAAGAAACCGGCAACACGAACCUCCGCUCCAAACGACACAACGGCCUCUCCACCAGGCAGCUCUUCCUCCAAGCCCUCACCCGCCCAUUUAAAAUUCUAUUCUUGUCGCCGAUCGUCUUCGUGAGUUCGAUUUACGUGGGUAUAGUCUACGGGUACCAGUAUCUCAUGUUUUCGACCUUCACUGAAGUCUUUGAGGAGCAAUACCGAUGGCCAACUAAAUCCUCCGGUCUAAGCUUCCUGGGAAUUGGCAUUGGCUCGCUCCUCGGACUGUUCGUCAUUGGCGCUGCAUCAGAUCGUAUUCUCAAGGCCAGAUCCAAGCCCACCCCGGAAGCCCCCUCAGGUGGCAUGAAGCCGGAAUACCGUCUGCCGCCGCUGGUCGUGGGUGCGUUCUUCAUCCCGGCGGGUCUGUUCAUGUAUGGUUGGUCUGCGUAUUACAAAACGCACUGGAUCGUGCCAGUCAUUGGCACUGCUAUCAUGGGAAUAGGCAACAUUGCUGUUUUCAUGUGCAUUACGAGUUACCUGGUGGAUGCGUUCACGAUCUACGCGGCCAGUGCGCUGGCUGCCAACACGGUCGUGCGUAGUAUUAUGGGUGCAUUGUUGCCCUUAGCGGGACCGGCCAUGUAUAACUCGAUGGGACUGGGAUGGGGGAACAGUUUGCUGGGAUUUAUUGCCGUGGUGUGUAUUCCUGUGCCGUGGGCGAUGAUUCGGUAUGGAGAGAGGAUGCGGUUGGCAUUUGAUGCGAGUAAACUAUAAACAGGGCAGUUGAAGGGUAGAUGUUGAGGAAAUUCAUGAGUGUCGACAUAGUUCAAGCUUGACACGGUGUGUGUCCAUACCUGUACAAUAAUCUCAGCUCAACAAUAAUAUUUUUUAG